AUGAGCUUCUUCUACCUGCUCUCUGGCUUCGUCAUGACCCUGGGCUAUGCGAAGGAUCUGGUGGCAGGUGGUGAGAGCAGCCGCAUUGCUGACUUCAACAAGCGUCGCUUCUGGCGAAAUCGUUUCGCAAGGCUCUUCCCAAUGUACAUGCUGACCAACGCGCUGUACUUUAUGAUGAUGCGCUGCUUCAUCAAGGGUGGUGGAUCGAUGGCAUUUCUGUCCUCGCCGUACUGGGACUACAAUCUGGUUCUCACAGUCUUGGGCCUCAAUAUGUGGUUCUACCCUGUCGAUGUGUGGCUCCCCAAUGGCUCGCAGAUCGAGCUGCCCAGCAACUUCGUCACAUGGACGGUGCAAACUAUGGCUGUGUUCUACAUUGUCUUCCCCAGCAUGCUCGCAUGGCUGCAGAACGUCCAGCGGCGGCGGCUGAUGGUACAUUUGCUUUUUUGGCUUCAGGCUCUGACUUUCAUGUCCCUGGCCGCUCGCCUGCAAAGUCCCUCAGAAGGCAGCGCUUCUUUUGCGAUGAGGUGGACGUACAAGAAGGAGCGGGCCAGGGAACCGGUGCAGAGGCAUGAUUCUGUAACAUCCAGGCGUGUGAAAUCAGCAUGCGUGCCGUCCUCUCUUAGCCAAUGCUUCGCGCCGUUCGUCCCCUGUGAGUAUUUGCUACCAAACUCAACCUUGCUGGGCAGUGUAACUGGCUAA